AUGUUAUACUUCCGAAUAAACCAAAACACACAAUGGACUAUUUCAUUUAAUUACAUUUUUAAGAAAUCAAAAAAUGGGGAUCAUAAAAUUAUUUACAAACAAUUUUGUUCAACAGUUCAAAAUAUAAAUGAUAAAACAAAAGUGGAUAAAAUAGAAAGUGAAGCAAAUGAUAUAAAACAGAAAAAGAGGGAACAUAUUUUUCCUGAUUUUGGUAAAAGUUGUAACAUUUUAGAUCCUAUAUCUAAAAGUGAUAAAAAUAAAAUCGAUAAAAUAAUAAAAAAUAUAAAAAUUAAUAUAGAAAAACAUGAUAUUCUAAAAAAUCAAGAUUGUGGAAAUGAUAUUUUAACUAGUGAAAUUUAUAAAAAAAUUGUUCAGGAACAUAAAUUAUAUAAAAAAAAUAAGGAUAAUGACAAAAAAACAGAAAUAAAAAAUAAUUUUUAUUCUUAUAAAAAAUCAAAGGAAAGGAAAGAAAAUGAAAUAAUAAGUGAACAAAAUGUCUGCUUUGAAAGUCGAAAUGAUUUUGAGAAAAAUAUUGAAAAUGAUGAAAUACCAAUAGAACAAGAAUAUAAGGAUGUAGAACAUAAUAAUAGUUUGCCUCAAUUUGGAUGUAAUAAUAAUGAAAAUAUUCUUGAAAAAAAAAUACACGCAAAAAAAAACACGAGCUUAUUAAUACUAGGGGGGAAAGCGUCUUCUUCAAAUAGUAACAAAAACGAACACAAAUAUAAUAACAGCAAUAAGAAUAUAGACAUUGUUGAAUAUACAAAAGAUAAAAAUAUAAACAACAUCUUAUUGUAUAGCAAAAAAAAAAACAAUUUAACUAUACAUGAAAAAAAAAAAGAUCAUUUUUUUAAAAUAUUUUUUUCAUCCAAAAAAGUAAAAAUAAUUAAAUCGCAAAACCAUCCAAUUUUUAUACAUUUAUAUAAGCUAGCUACAAAUCAAAGAUAUAGAGAAAAACAAGAAAAAAUUUUGUUAACAAAUAAAAAAAUUAUAAUGGAAAGACAACAAAAUCAUAUUACAAGAAUAUAUACAAAUAGUAUUGAUAAUUUAAAAGAUUUUAUUUCUUAUGAUAAUUUUAUAUUAUUAUCAAAUAAACUUUUAAAAAAACUAGCUUUUUUAUAUUCAUUUAAAAAUGGUAUAUUAGCAGAAAUCAUGCAUAAAUUUUAUUAUGAUGAUGUGGGUUUACCUUACUUGGCUUUUUGUUUUUACAACAUUAAUUGUACAGGCAAUGAAAAAAAAAACACACACAAACAUAUGUUUUCAAAUGUUGAAAUAAAACAGGAAGGAAAUUCAAGUUUUUGUGAAUCUGAACAAAAUAACAAAAUUUAUGACGACAAUUUUUUACAGAAAGAAAAUAAAAUUAAAAUAGACAAUGAUACACAUGUACAAUCUUAUCAAAGUAAAAUAAACAAUUUAAUAAAUGAUAAACAUUCAAAGGAUUCUCAUUUAUAUUUAGACAAAAAUUCAUAUUAUGAAGAUAUUGAAUAUUUAUGCAAUGGUGAUAUAGGAACGAUUAUAAGAAGUUGUUUUUUAUUAAAAUGGCAAUGUAUAUUUAAUAUUAACGAUAUAAAAAUAGUUAACAGUAAAAAAAAAAAAAAACAAAUCGAAAACGAAAAAAUGGGUGAAAUAACAGGCAAUGAAAUAAAAAAAUGUAUUUCUGAUAAAUAUUCAAAUAUGUACAAUAUUUAUAAUAUUGAUUUUUUUCAUCCUUUUACUAUACGUGCUUCAUCAGGCUAUUUAUUAGAUAUACCAUAUAAAAAUACAAGUUUAUAUGAAAUACAUCAGUAUGCUAAACAAAGAAAAAUAUUGCUAUUAAAAUAUAAUAGCCAAAGUAACUUAUAUAUUAAUUAUAAAAAAAAAAAUUCUGAACAAGACAUAACUUUUUUAAAUUUAAUAAGUAAAGCAAAAGGCGUUUUUCUCAUAAUGGAUAAUUGUAAUAAUAUAGAAAAAAUGUAUACAUCAUCAGUUAGUAAAACAGGUAUUAACAUUUCUAGGAGUUAUUUUGAAGAGAGUGAAAUAAAUGGGGAACCUUUCAAAGAAAAUUCUUAUAAUAAUGCCCCUGAAAAUAAUGAUGAUAAUAUUUUUGACAAUAUUUAUUAUAUUAAUCUGUUAAAUAAUAAUAAUGUGGAUAAACCAUUAGAACUUGUUCCAGCAUAUACAAUUUUUAUGUAUAUUUUAAAAACAAACUUUUUCAAGCACGUUCCUCAAUCGAGUUAUGUGUGCAUGCAAUAG